AUGACAAUUCCUGCCGAUAUCCUCGCUGCAGACAAGGCGGGGAGGAUUCCUGAUGGCAUUUCCCUCUCGUACCUUGCGCAGUCCCGCGAUCAUUCGGCCAUUGUGGGCAUCUUGUUCAUGGUCUGCUUUACGGGAGUCUUGACCAUUUUGCGACUCUAUGCCCGAGUUUUUCUCAUCAAGAAAGUUGGUCUUGACGAUUGGUUGACGAUUUUGACUUGGAUGAUCUAUAUCAGUUUCGUCGUUCUCUCCAUCGUUCUGAUCCAGAUGGGAAGCGGUCGUCACAUCGAGUAUAUCCAAUAUGUCCUAUCGAUGGCAACCGUCCGUGAGACCGAGGUAUUGGACUUUACCGCACACAUUCUCUAUACAACCGCCCUUUUCCUAUGUCGACUGUCCGGUCUCGCCUUCUACUAUCGACUUACCGCACGCACAGGCAGACUGCACAAAGCCAUUCUUUUCGCUGGACCAUUCCUCUUCGCUGCAUUCCUCCCCCAGCUCUUUCUUCUGAUUUUCCACUGCAAGCCCGUCACCGGUUUGUGGCCUUAUGCCUGGCAACCAGGCGUCGACAACUACAAGUGUCUCACCUGGGGUCUGGUCUACUCUGUCAACUCAGGUCUCUCGCUAGCCUGCGAUGUCAUGAUGUUCAUCAUUCCCGCGCUCCUCAUCAAGCAACUCCACGUUUCUCUGAAGAACAAGAUCAAGCUCUCAUUCGUCAUGUUCCCCGGUGUCUUCGUGAUCGUUAUCUCCGCCGUCCGUGUCUGGCUAGUCGUAAAGGGCCAAUGGGCCUCCGACGGUAGCUGGGCCUACAACCCUAUGCUGUGUGUCGAGAACGCCGAAAUCGCAGGCACAUUAAUUGCGCUCUCGGUGCCUGCCCUGAAGCCCGUCUUUGGAAACAUGUUUUCUCGCUUGACUGAGUACACUGGCAGUCGCACUCGGUCCCGGUCCCGAUCUAAUGGGGGCAGACUGCGGAGUCAGUCCAAGCCUACGAGUGCCUUGGGUACUGUCCGUGAUGAUAAGCGGUUGCUUAACUGGUCGAAAGCUGGCCAGGAUGAUUAUGAGAUGAUGCCGUCGGAGGUUUCUGUCACUCGAGAGCUGUCGAAGUCUAUGAAGACUCCUGGUAUUCGUGUGACUAACGAGGUUAAUAUUACUCGUGGAGAGGAUAGAUCGCCGUCGCCGCAAUCUUCGAGACCUUCUUCUCGUGAGACAUAG